CGGCACCAUUUGAAGACAUCACUGGAACCAACAGCCGUGUCACUGUCCACUAUGUAUAACAUGAAGAUGGUUGUCCAUGAAGAAGAACCUGAGAUCUCAAUGUUUCAGAACUUCAGAGCUGCUUCUCGCGGUGAUGCUGCAUCAAAGGGCCGCUCUGGUGAAGACAGUACAGUCGCUGCCGCAACACCUGGAUUUAAACUCUUCAGGCUGGUUGCUGUGAGUUUGGGACUCUUGUGUAUCCUACAAGCUGCUCUCAACAUUUGCCUGCGUCUGACUCUCAUUUCACAGCGUAACUCGUUGAGAGAAGAGAGAGACGAGCUGAAGAAGAUGAACUCCGAUGCUAUGGCCUGGAGCAAAAGUCUUACAGAAGAAAGAGAUGAGCUGGAGAGGAAGCUAAACAACUUCACUCAACAUUGUGAAUGGGUCAAUUUCGACAGUAGUGCUUAUUGCGUUUCUUCUACCAUGAAAAACUGGCAAGAAAGUAGAGAUGACUGCAUUCAAAAAGGUGCAGACCUGGUGAUUAUCAACAGCCAAGAGGAGCAGCAUUUCCUUCUCCAAUUCGAGAGGUUCGUGUGGAUCGGACUGACUGACUCAACAGCAGAAGGGGAGUGGAAAUGGGUGGACGGGACUCCAAUGAACGAGAGUUUGACUACUUUUUGUUUCAGCUACUGGAGCAGCCAAGAGCCUAAUGGUGGCACAAAUGAAAACUGUGGAGAGGUGAAGCGUAUUUUUUCUACAAACAGCUGGAAUGAUGAAGAAUGUUCCAUGAAACACUCCUGGAUAUGUGAAAAGAGAGUUUCUCCAUAAUUCUGCGUGCAGACCCUGCAGAUGAUAUGGAAAACUGAGCAGUGACAUGCAGACCAAAGGAAGCAAUGGUGCCACUUUUCCAUUGUUUCAGCAUAUUUACAUGGCAGAUCUCCACACAAACAACCUGAAUAUGCUCGUGUGGACAACAACAUGCUUUGCAAAUUUGCUGGCUUAGUGUGGAUAUAGACUUAAAGGUCACUGAUAAGCUUCAGGUUAAGUGGCCAAACACACAGAAACAAAGUACAUCAAGGGUCACUGCUUUGCCUGUGUAUUGAAGACUUUAAUAUAUUAUACAUGCUUUGCCUAAUCUCUAAAUAAAUGUCUUCUGUUUCCUCAUUAGUUGUAAAUGUCUCCCUUAAAGAACCCAUUUUGUGAAAGUGACUUUUUUUUAUUGUUUUGCUUUAACAAGUCAAGCACUAUCAGACACAUCAGUGAGGCCAGUGGGAGACAGAAACAUCACAGAGGAGGUAACAGAGAGCAAUUGCUUUGUCAAAAGUUUGUGAAUUCGCUCAGUGAGCUAAAUAUCUUUUAUUAACUUCAGGAUUUCAAUGCCAGAGUCCUGCUGCAGUUUUCACCAUUUCUGAGGUUGAAGUGUUGGACUGAAAUGUUUAGAGAAGUUUCCUCAAAAUCUCUCUGAAGUAUUUUUUAAAAACGGUCAUCCAAACUUGGAUGACUAAUGGGUAAAAAAAUAAAUAAAUAAAUUCCAUUACAGCCUCUGAGGCCUGUAUUAUCUGAUAACCUGCCAUAAAGAUGCAAAUCAUCUCUCGGGUGAUCUUUCAGGAUGAGGUAGCAGGAACCAGCACAGAACCAGUCAUAUGUACACUUUAAUGUAUUUGUGUGACAAGACAUCAUUUAUAUGAUCGUGUUAAUCCUCACUGAAGUUAAUAUAGUUGCCACUGACCAGGGCUCAACUAUAAUAACUUGUUACAAGAAACGUCAAAUGUGUUUGCAAUAUGUAAAAAGAAACCCACUGAUAAUAAAAACAGCUCUUCAGUCUUA